GCAUCAUUUCCCUUUAAAAAAAAAGAAAGAAGGAAAGAACGAAAACAAGAUGUCUGAAAGUGUUAAAUUGUGUGGAAAUUUGAAAAAUAUAUUUAAAAAUAAGGAAAAUUUCGCAAUAGUGACAAUGACGUGCUUAUAGUAUAUCAGUAUGCGCAUAAAGAUUAACAUGCAAAAAGAGUUUUGGCGGAAUGGUCCUCUCUUUUAAUAAAUAUAUUCCCAGUCUGCCGGGUAAGAAAUAUGCAUACGAUUGUAUUUGUGAACCCGAGAACGUCUGUACAGACGAGAUUUUUCUCCAAAAUGAACACAGUGCUUCCGAAAUUCCCACAAAUCCAGUCACAGUUCCACUCUGUGUCCUUGGAGAUGUGCAACUACGUUUUCUCUGUCCAGACGACCUCGAGGAAGUACGCACACUUUGUCAGGAAUGGUUUCCAAUAGAUUAUCCGUACACAUGGUACAAGGACAUAACCAGUUCCUCGAGAUUUUACGCACUUGCAGCAGUAUACAGAGGCGUUAUUAUUGGCUUGAUAGUUGCCGAAAUAAAGCCCUACAUCAAAUUAAAUAAAGAAGAUCGUGGAAUUCUCUGCUCUAGUUUAGGAAAAGAUUCUCUAGUUGGAUAUAUAUUGAGUUUGGGCGUGAGAAGAGCCUAUCGACGAAAUGGCAUUGCUUCCCUUCUCCUAGAACAAUUAUUAGCACACGUUACUGCUCCCGAGAGAUCGUCGGUGAAGGCUGUUUUUCUCCACGUUCUCUCCAGUAAUUCACCGGCUAUUCAAUUUUAUCAAAGAUGUCACUUUCGACUGCAUAGUUUUCUUCCAUAUUAUUACUUGAUACACGGUAUUUGUCGCGAUGGUUUUAUGUACGUAUUGUACGUGAACGGUGGCCACGCACCAUGGGGCUUAUGGGAUUGGAUGUGUCACGUGGCAGGAACAAUGGCCAGUCUUGGUGCAUGUCGAGUGCCAAGAUGGAUUUGGCAACGCCUUCUUUGGGCUUCAACGCUACUUUCCUAUCAUAGAUGAUAUGUCGAUUAUUACCUUAUGUUCAAUUACCAAAGUAUUGUUCUUUUUUGAACUUUAAAAAGCAAGAAAAAACAAAGAUUUCAUAACUUCCGUGAUAACGCUGAAUGUCAAAAAAAAAAAAAAAUUCGUAUCCAACAAAAAUGACAACACAACAAAAAUUUUACGAUGUCUAACAAUUUAUUAUUCUCUUUAUUUUAUAAGACAAUUUUAAUUCAUCCGAUAUACAUUUUAUGUUUACCAAGAGAGAUAAAGUCAUAUAUUUACGCACAUACAGGGUUAUCUUAAAUUAGUAUCUUGAAUUAUAGAUACGUUAGAAAUUAAGAGUUUAACAUUUUUUUAAAAAAUAUUCCAUUCUCCGGGAAUAGAAACUAAAAAGAUUGUAAAUUUGUAGAAUAGGCUUUUAUUAAAAAAAAAAAGCAGGGCUUUUAAUAUAAUUUUCCUGGAUACUAAUAAAAAAAAAAUAUGUACAAAUACAGUAUUAAAAUUAAUAUAUAAAAAAAGUAUAUAUAUUAUUAAUCAAUUAGUAUUAAAGAAAUAAAGUUAUUUAUUAAAACUGUAAUUGUAAAAUUAAAAAAAUGAAUAACACAGUAACGAGCAGUUAUAUUAGAAUUUAAUUUAUACGAAAAAAAGGCUAUGGAAAAAUACACCGAGUAUUUUACGCAUUGAAAGUAGUAAAACUUAUAAUUGUUAAUUAAUAAAAAAAAA